UCGGGUGCAUGCUCUAGUGGAAUGCUUGUUAAAGCAAUCUGUUCUUUUCGGUCCAUUAUUGAGAAAGAGAAAGGGGCGGCGACAGAGGAACAGACAUGGCUUCUAAAGACAUAACUGCCUCUUGUUUCGUCAGUGUGAGCAGGGAUUUUACAGAGAGUAUCAGGAAGAUCAUUGACAAAUCCUCCAUCAAGUUUAUACGUGGCAUCAAGCUCGACACUAAGAAUGGAAAAUCAGAGGACAGGAUCCUGGUUCUCGCAACAUGGAGACUUUAUCUCCUGGCACCCAAAGUUCCAUCAAAGAUAGAGGUAACUUUUAACUUCUUGGAGAUUCGAGCCAUGAACAGUCACCCGGAGAAUCAGAUUGUCAUAGACACGGACAAGUCUUCUUAUUCCCUGAGGCUUCAGUCACAUGACCACCUCAGUCAUGUGGUCAGCCAUGUUAACUUUGCCCUGUCCAGAAUAUUCAAUAACUCAGUGUUCGCUCCCACCAUCUGUCAUUCAGACAGUGACCUUUCAGAGGGAAGCAGGAAGUAUUCGCCCAGCUCAGAGACAUCUGUGGAAACCCAGAGGGCCUGUGGAGGCUUCUCCGAGACCUAUGCUGCCCUGUGUGACUAUAAUGGAAUCAGCUGCAAGGAAGAAGUGCAGUGGGAUGUGGACACUAUUUAUCACUCCCAGGACAACAGAGAGUUUAAUCUGCUGGAUUUCAGCCACCUGGAGAGCAGGGACCUGGCGGUGAUCGUGGCCUCGAUGGCGUACAACACCUGGUUCACCAAACUGUACUGUAAGGACCUACGCAUAGGGUCAGAGGUCAGUGAGCAAGUUCUUCACACUCUCAGUAAGUCGUCCAGUCUGGAAGAGAUCACCCUGGAGAAUGCUGGUCUAAAAUCUGAUUUUCCUCAGAAGCUCUCAGCUGCGCUCUCCGAGAAUCCCGCGUCCGUCAUCCACUCUCUGAACUUGGCCCACAACACACUGGACAACCAAGGUAUGUCCAAACUCAUCCAGCAGGUGUGUUGUCUCAGCAAAGGACUGCGUCUCCUCAACCUCUCCAAGACCUCCCUCAACUCCAAAGGUGUGGUUUCUCUUUCUCAGGCUCUGUGCUCGAAUGAUGAGUAUUCCAACUCUCUGCUGCACCUGGACCUGAGCAAGAACCCUGGGGUCCUUUCAGGGGAGGAUGCCUCGAAUCUGUACCUUUUCCUCUCCCAGCCUAAUUGUCUGGUCCAUUUGGACCUGUCUGGCACUGACUGUUCUGUUGACUCGCUAUUUGGGGCUCUGCUGAGGGGAUGUUGUGCAGAUCUCUCCUACUUGAAUCUCUCCAAAAAUUCCUUCUCGCACAGGAAAGUGAAGGAGACCCUCCCACUGUUCCGGCAGUUCUUCGGUUCGGCCUUCAGUCUCACCCAUGUCAGUCUGGCCUCUAUGAAGCUGCCCCCUGAUGCCCUGAGGUCUCUAUUCAUAGGUCUGACCACGAACCCUCACAUCAAUGACCUUCACCUGGACAUCAGUGGAUGUGAGCUGAAAUCAGCAGGAGCUUCUGUGAUCCAGGAGCUGUUCCCCAGAGUUUCCUCCAUUGGCACCCUGGACAUCUCAGAUAAUGGGCUGGACGCCGACCUGAUCUCUGUCCUACCAGCUCUCUCCAGACACACGUCCCUGAAGCACCUGUACCUGGGCAAGAAUUUCAACAUCAAGAGCAGGGCUCUGGAUGAUGUCCUACAGAAGCUGGUCCAGCUCAUACAGGAGGAGGAGUGUGCCCUCCAGUCUCUCUCUCUGGCUGACUCUAGACUGCGCUCUCGGGGCACAGUGCUGGUGAACGCUCUGGGCAGCAACACCUGCCUGCGUAAAGUGGACCUGAGUGGGAACAGCCUGGAGGACAUCGGGGCCAAGAUGUUGAGCAAGGCCCUGCAGAUCAACACCACUCUCAGGAGUGUGACCUGGGAUCGGAACAACACCUCAGCUACAGGGUUCCUGGAUGUGGCUCGAGCCCUGGAACAUAACUUCACCUUGCAGUACAUGCCCCUCCCCCUCUGUGACAUCAACCAGGCGUACCGCACCGCUCCCGACAGGACAGAGCAGGCACUGACCAAGAUGCAGCGUGCUCUUCUGAGGAACAACCAGACCCAGCGGUUCUCUCAGAGACAGGCCCUACGGCUGCAUCAAGGUCUGGUCACCAGCACCGCCGAACAGGUGAUGGAGCGGCUGAGCGUGCGCGUGCAGCAGCAGGUGGCCGUGUUGCGCGGGGUGGGGGAGAUGGAGGAGAUCCAGGCCGCCAAACAAGUGCUGAAGGAGGCCAGGAACUCUCGGGCGUUGUACCCCUCUCUCUGUGAGCUGGCCCACGUGCUGUCAGUAGACGGACCAGUCAGGCAGAGAUUGGAUUCCCUGGCAGGAGAGCUGGCCAAGGCAGCAGACAAAGAACUCCAGGUGAUUGUGGACUCCAUGGUGUCUCUCUGUCGCGAGCUGUGCCCUCUGACUUCCGCUGCAGCCGAGAGCUUGAGUCCUCCGCUCUCGUCGGUGUCGGAGCGCGUCUCCAUCCCCCGCUCCGCCAUCCGGACGGCCCUGAUGGAGCGAGCAGCCCAGGACAUCCACCGAGCGCUGGAGGAGGUGAAGCUCUCGGUGGUCUCCUACCUCACCAACUCCAUUGUGGAUCAGAUCUUACAGGAGCUCUACGCCACUCACAAGACCUUGACACGGCAGGUGUCCCAGGUGAAGCGCUGGGAGGGAACGUGUGACGGCGGGACCGGUCGGAGGUCGCACAGACACCGAGAUUCCCUGGACAUCACAGACGAGGAGCUGGGCACCAGCAUAGACACAAUAGCCAUUAAGAAGCGUAGCUCUAGAACUAGACGGAUACGGCCUGUGUCCACCAGGCUGAGCUUGUGUGACGACUCCAGCUCUUCUCCUCCCCCAUCUGGUUCCUCCUCCUUCUCAGCCCUGUCUCGCUCUGCAUCCUGGGAGGGGCUGUCUGAGCUCCCUACCCAGGGCGCACCUCUCCACCACGUGACGCGGGUAAGGCCGAGACCCCCGCGAAGGCACCGGGUGGGACACGCCCCCUCUGACACACAUUGCACUGAAAAUGGAGCUGUCACCACACUUGACCAUGGACUCCCAGAUUUCUACACUAAACGGGUUCUCCCUGAUAGUCAGCUGUCCUCUCUCCAUAAAGCCCACUCUCUCAGGCGAAAGAAGAGACGCAAUGUGCUGGCCAUCUUUGGUUUCCGUAGGAACCGCAACUCAACAUUCUCCAAUCAGGGUCCAGAGUCUGUCGGAGACGGGUGUGGGGAGGAGUGUCGCACUGUUGCUACGGCGCCCACAGGGACAGCCACUGAGAAUGUCUACACGCUUCUGCAGCCCCCUCCACCCGUUGCCAGGGCCAACACUCCUGGUGAGGUGGCUGAUGGGAGGGGGGAGGAGAAGAGGAGGGAGGAGGCCGUGGGGGUGAGCCUUCAGCCAGGGCAGAGCCUGCCACCCCAGCCUGGCAUGCCCGGCAGCAGACAUCCCAUCUUCUCAACCAGCCAGUCAUCAGAGCUGGAGUCAGAACACGAGCCAGCUGCCCAGAAAGAGAGACGCUGGGGAGAGGACAGACAGGUGGACAGACCAGAGGACAGACAGGUGGACAGACAGGUGGACAGGCAGUGGACAGACGGGCAUCACCCAGACAGAGAAAGGACUUUAAUAAGACCGGCUGACAGACAUUCAGACAGACAGGCUGACAGACAUUCAGACAGACAUGCUGACAGACAUUCAGACAGACAGGCAGACCGACACUGGAUAGAAGACAGACUGUCAGACAAAACGUUGACUGAAGGCAGAACGGGCGAAAGACAGAUGGACCGGUAUUGGACGGAGAGCAGGAAUUCCGAUAGACACGUGGAGAGACAGUGGACAGUGGACAGACACACACAGAGGCAGAUAGACAGGCAGUUUGACCGAGACAGACAGUUUGAUCGAGACCGACAGCGUAUGGCGAGUCGUCAACAGACAGACAGAAUGUGGGCGGAGGGACGGCCGACCGACAUACAGUUAGACAGCCACUGGAUGGAGAGCAGGCAGUCAGCCAGACAGACGGACAGACCAGCUCAGGGACAACACCUAUCUCAGAGGCCACUGCCCCCAUACCCCUCCGACAGGACCCCGUCACCUAAGAGUGAGACGGACUCCCAGAAAAACAUGGAGGAAGCCACGGGCAGGCAAAAGUACUCGGACACGCUGAUGGACAGACAUCUGCGUUCAGACACUGCUGUGGGGCAGGUGGAGGGGUGGCGGGCUGGAGGAGGGGUGUCCACUGGAUGGGUUUCCACCAGCACGUCUAAACCAGACCCUCCUCCCCCGAGCAGCAAGCCCAGCCUGUCCAAACUGAGACAGAGACAUCUACAGGAGAGUUCCGGGGCCGAAGAGGAGGCAGAUGGAGAGAGGGAUGGUGCAAGAAUGGAAAAGAAAGAGAGAGGCAGAGAGGCAGAGGGACAGCCUCCUCCCAUUCCCGAAAAGCCAAAGACAUCCUAUGUGACGUCUCCUAAAGAGUACACUAAUGAAAGGCCGGCCCCGCCUCCUGCACCGUCUGCAUUCAGCAAGCCACUGCUGGGACUGGCAGACAGGGCUGUCAGUCAAGGUGAUGAAGUCGUAAGACCUCAGGCCCCAGUGAAACCCCAGAGGAACAGGAAGGCUAUCUCCUGCGACACGGGCACUGACAGGGAAAGCCCUAAUAAUCUUGAGAAGCCCACAAAUCGCAACCCCCCUGUGAAAAAACCUAGACUACCCCAGAACCGAAACAAAUCCUUGGACUAUCCUGGUAUCUGUUUUUCUCUCUCUGUCUCUCUUUCCUUAUGUGUUUUUGUGUGUGUGUGUGUGUGUGUGUGUUUCAGACUAAACAACGCAACGUUUUCAAUCCCCACUUUGGUCGGAAUGUCAUUUAAACAUAACUCCACAGUUGUUAAUGAUCACUGUGGUUAAUGAUGUUUUAUUAGAUUCAUCAGUUAUGUCUCUCAUCCUGUGCUCUUGCAGACAGCGUCAACUCAGCGCCUGGUAACAGCGAGCUGCUGUGACUGCCAUGGAAUUCACCUGCCUCAGACCAACCAGCCAGAAGGUUGUCAUGACAACUGGGCAGCAUUCUGUCCAAUGUGGAAGAGGAGAAAGAUGUGAGAAUCUAUACUCUGGAGAGAGGGGACAGAUAGAGAUGGAGGGGGAGGGGAAGGUAAAUGGCUGAGUGCAAUAUGACACGGACAUUGCAGAGCAUUAAUAACCUACCACUCAAUUAUUGGGACACGCUCAUCCUGCUUCUGCUCUUUGUCCCUCACUGUCUGCUUCUCAGUGGAAACCUACUGAACUGUUUUGGAGCUUUUCGAAUGGAAUUUGCCACUUUUGAAAAUUGAGUUGAUUGUUGUAUGCACUUAAAACACUGUCAUGCUUAUAUUGCUAAGGGGCCAACACUGGAGAAUUUUUUGUAUCAUCAUGGAGAGUUCAACUUUAUUUUGUAUUAUUACUGUUCAUGAGAACUAAGCUGUGUGGCUAAGCUGGACUAAAGAAAGGAAUAAUGUAUUUAUUAGAAUGCUAUUUCCAAAUCCGCAAUGCAUUUUGACCGCUGUGAACCUUGAUUGCCAUGGUUGAAACUUGAAAAUGAGUUGUCGCUUAUUAAUUUAAACUUGGUUAUUUAUAUCUAGUUCUGCUUUCAUGGACAGGUAAUAUAUUUUAUAGAAAACUGAAAUAAAAAUGAUGUAUGAUUAUGCUGUAUGACUGAAUUAAAAUG